GUCGCCGCCACCACCGCCACCGCCGCCGCCCAGAGACUGCCGAGCCGGGUCCGUGUGCCGCCACCCACUCCGGACACAGACUAUCCAGUUAUGGAUAAGAAUGAGCUGGUGCAGAAGGCCAAGCUGGCCGAGCAGGCCGAGCGGUACGAUGACAUGGCAGCCUGCAUGAAGUCUGUGACUGAGCAGGGGGCCGAGCUGUCCAACGAGGAGAGGAAUCUUCUCUCUGUCGCCUACAAAAAUGUUGUAGGAGCCCGCAGGUCAUCUUGGAGGGUCGUCUCGAGUAUUGAGCAGAAGACGGAAGGUGCUGAGAAAAAGCAGCAGAUGGCCCGGGAGUACAGAGAGAAGAUCGAGACGGAGCUGAGGGACAUCUGCAAUGAUGUGCUGUCUCUUUUGGAAAAGUUCUUGAUCCCCAAUGCUUCACAAGCAGAAAGCAAAGUCUUCUAUUUGAAGAUGAAGGGUGACUACUACCGUUACCUGGCUGAGGUGGCUGCUGGCGAUGACAAGAAAGGAAUUGUGGACCAGUCACAGCAAGCGUAUCAAGAAGCGUUUGAAAUCAGCAAAAAGGAAAUGCAGCCAACACACCCUAUCAGACUGGGUCUGGCCCUUAACUUCUCUGUCUUCUAUUAUGAGAUCCUGAACUCCCCAGAGAAAGCCUGCUCACUUGCAAAAACAGCUUUCGAUGAAGCCAUUGCUGAACUUGAUACAUUAAGUGAAGAGUCCUACAAAGACAGCACGCUAAUCAUGCAGUUACUGAGAGACAACUUGACAUUGUGGACAUCGGACACCCAAGGAGACGAAGCAGAAGCAGGAGAAGGAGGGGAAAAUUAACCGGCCUUCCACCCUUUGUCUGCCUCGUUCUGAAAUUUACACAGUAGACCGUUUGUCAUCCAUGCUGUCCCACAAAUAGUUUUUUGUUUACGAUUUACGACAGGUUUAUGUUACUUCUAUUUGAAUUUCUAUAUUUCCCAUGUGGUUUUUAUGUUUUAAUAUUAGGGGAGUAGAGCCAGUUAGCUUUAGGGAGUUACUCGUUUUCAUCCUGAGGUGGCCAAUGUGGGGAUGUGGAAUUUUUACACGAGUUAUACGUGUUUGGCAUAGUACUUUUGGUACAUUGUGGCUUCAGAAGGGCCAGUGUUAAAACUGCUUCCAUGUCUAAGCAAAGAAAACUGCCUACAUACUGGUUUGUACUGGUGGGGAAUAAAAGGGAUAAUGGGUUCCAGUCAUGAGUGUAGUUGUUGUGGGUACUUUAAGGUUUGGAGCCCUUGUGAGGCUGUGGUACAAACAAACAUCCCUUGGAUACACCUUGGAAUCGUGUGUCUCUGCGCGCACUCUGACCACAGCUCCAGAAGUGGCUCUCAGGCAGAGGUGUGACCCAGCUUACUCUGAUAAGGGCAGAAACGGUUCACAUUCCAUUAUUUGUAAAGUUACCUGCUGUUUGCUUCCAUUUUCGCUACCCAUUUCCUCUGUAUUUAAAUGUUUUAGGCAAUCUAGGAACAAAGGUAACAGUGAAGCUGUGGUAAUGAAUUGCUCGUGUUGGCUGCUCCGUGCUAAGAAGCACAGCGGUAGACAGAUCCCAUGUAUUUAACUUUUUUUUAGUUUUUUGUUUUGUUUUUUGCUUUUGUGAUUUUUUUCUUUUUUUGAUACUUGCCUAACAUGCAUGUGCUGUAAAGAUAGCUAGCAGGGAAGACUCGAUGACGGCCAGCUUUGUUCCAUGUCUGAGAUUCUCAUGAACAAUCCAAGCAUAAUUGUUAAGAACACAUGUAUUAAAGUUCAUGUAAGUGGAAUAAAAGUUUUAUGAAUGGA